AUGGCCACCACCACCUCAUCCUCGGACGACCAAAUUCUCACGAACGCCCUCCGCGAUCUCAUCUCGGCGAACCACAUCCUUCACCACCACGGCGUGGUCGACGCCUACGGACACGUCUCCAUCCGCCACCCGCUCGACCCCACAAUGUAUAUCAUGUGCGGAUACAUGGCUCCCGCGAUGGUUUCCUCGCCGACGGACCUGAUCCACUACCACGUCUCCGACUCGUCGCCCAUAGACCCUCACGCCCCGAAAGGCUACUCGGAACGGUUCAUCCACGGGGAGCUCUUCAAGCGGUUCGGCAGCGUCAACUGCGUGAUCCACUCGCAUGCCGAGGAGGUGUUGCCGUACGUGGUCAGCAUGGGCGUCCCGCUCAAGGCCGUGUACCAUAUGAGUGGCUUCCUGGGGAGUAAGGGGGUGAAAGUAUUCGAUAUCGCCCCGCUAUACCGCCAGGGCGAGCAGCAGGAUAUGCUCGUCAACAAUUCGCGGUUCGGGGCCGCGUUGGCAGAGAAGUUCGGAGCGGAACAGCCAGAGGAGACGGUCGUGUUGAUGAGACGCCACGGGUUCACCGUUGUCGGGAGGGAUAUUGUGACAGCCGUGUAUCGUGGGAUAUAUACGCGGAUUAAUGCCGAGGCGCAGACCAAGGCCAUGAGUAUUGCGCGGAGUGGGAUGGGUGACGGUGAAGAAGCCCAAGGGGAGGGGUUCCAGGCGCUCACGCCGGAGCAGGCCGUCGGCUGUUCGGCUAUGAAUGAGGCUUUUCAUGAUAAGCCUUGGAGGUUGUGGGUACGGGAGGUGGAGAGGUUGCCGUUGUAUGAGAACCAGUUGAGUGAGAGUAGCAAUCGCGCGUGA